CUUUUCUCGAAACUCAGAACAUCGAAGUUCUAUAAAGCUUGGGUUAAGAAAUACUUGCCUACAAUUUUAGCGUCUGUAUUAGUAUUUUUGUGAAAUCGUAUAUUAAUUUAACGUUUGGUGAUAUUUUCAUUAUAGUUGAAAUGUUAAGUUUAAGGAAAAAAACAUUAUAUAGUUAUCGUAUAUAUUAGUAAUUAUUGAUUAUCAACUUUCAAAAGGUACAAGAAUUUCGGUCACUUUGUAAUAAUGUCUAUACCACCAUAUUUACUAGGGCCAAAUCCAUGGGCUACCAUGAUGGUCCAACAACAAGCCCAUGCUCAGCUAGCUGCAGCACAGGCUCAUGCGCAAGCAGCAGCACAUGCUCAAGCUGCGCAUCAUGCUCAUAUGCAAGCUAUAGCUGGCCCACCACUUCCUCAAAUGCCAAAACAACCAGAAGUAUUAUCAGAAGAUAAAUUACAAGAAAAAGCACAAAAAUGGCAACAAUUACAAUCAAAACGAUUUGCCGAAAAGAGAAAAUUUGGAUUUGUUGAUGCUCAAAAGGAAGAUAUGCCCCCUGAACAUAUUCGUAAGAUUAUAAGGGAUCAUGGUGAUAUGAGUAGUCGUAAAUAUAGACAUGAUAAACGUGUAUAUUUAGGUGCAUUAAAAUAUAUGCCACAUGCAGUAAUGAAAUUGUUAGAAAAUAUGCCAAUGCCUUGGGAACAAAUAAGAGAUGUAAAGGUUUUAUACCAUAUAACUGGAGCUAUUACAUUUGUUAAUGAAAUUCCAUGGGUUAUUGAACCUGUUUAUAUAGCGCAAUGGGGAACAAUGUGGAUUAUGAUGCGACGUGAAAAAAGAGAUCGUAGACAUUUCAAAAGGAUGAGAUUUCCGCCAUUUGAUGAUGAGGAACCUCCAUUAGAUUAUGCUGAUAAUGUUUUAGAUGUUGAACCAUUGGAAGCUAUUCAAAUUGAACUUGACUCAGAAGAAGAUGAAUCUGUUGCAGCAUGGUUCUAUGAACACAAACCAUUGGUUGGAACCAGACAUGUUAAUGGAUCUACAUAUAGAAGAUGGAAUUUGACUCUUCCUCAAAUGGCAACAUUGUAUCGAUUAGCAAAUCAACUUUUAACCGAUUUAGUUGAUCAAAAUUUCUUUUAUUUAUUUGAUCCCAAAUCAUUCUUCACUGCAAAAGCAUUAAACAUGGCAAUACCAGGAGGACCAAAGUUUGAGCCUCUUGUAAAAGAUUCAAAUGCUGCUGAUGAAGACUGGAAUGAAUUCAAUGAUAUAAACAAAAUUAUUAUUAGACAGCCUAUUAGAACGGAAUAUCGCAUUGCAUUCCCUUAUUUAUAUAAUAAUAUGCCACAUUUUGUACAUCUUUCAUGGUAUCAUGCACCAAAUGUUGUAUACAUAAAGACAGAGGAUCCAGACUUACCAGCAUUUUAUUUUGAUCCUUUGAUUAAUCCAAUUUCACAUAGGAAUUCAUUAAAGACAAUGGAACCACAAAUUGAAGAUGAUGAAGAUUUUGUCUUAGAUGAUGAAGUCCAACCCUUUCUACAAGAAACACCACUUUAUACAGAUAAUACAGCAAAUGGUAUAGCACUUCUGUGGGCACCAAGACCGUUUAAUACACGCUCUGGAAGAACAAGAAGAGCAAUUGAUAUACCUUUGGUAAAAUCAUGGUACAGAGAGCAUUGUCCUCCAGGACAACCUGUUAAAGUACGAGUUAGUUAUCAAAAGUUACUUAAAUACUUUGUAUUAAAUGCACUGAAGCAUAGACCACCAAAGCCUCAAAAGAAACGUUAUUUAUUCCGAUCAUUCAAAUCAACCAAGUUCUUUCAAACUACAACAAUAGAUUGGGUCGAAGCUGGAUUGCAAGUAUGUCGCCAGGGUUAUAAUAUGUUGAAUUUACUCAUACACAGAAAGAAUUUAAAUUAUCUUCACCUGGAUUAUAAUUUCAAUCUAAAACCCGUUAAAACACUUACGACGAAAGAAAGAAAGAAGUCUCGAUUUGGAAAUGCUUUUCAUCUAUGUAGAGAAAUUCUUCGUUUGACAAAAUUAAUUAUUGAUUCGCACGUACAGUAUCGCUUAAAUAAUGUCGAUGCAUUCCAACUGGCAGAUGGAUUACAGUACAUUUUUGCUCACGUUGGUCAACUUACUGGCAUGUAUCGAUAUAAGUAUAAACUAAUGAGACAAAUAAGAAUGUGCAAAGAUUUAAAACAUUUGAUAUAUUAUCGAUUUAAUACUGGUCCGGUUGGAAAAGGACCUGGCUGUGGAUUUUGGGCACCUGGCUGGAGAGUAUGGCUUUUUUUUAUGAGAGGUAUAACACCAUUGUUAGAAAGAUGGUUGGGUAAUUUGUUAUCCAGGCAAUUUGAAGGACGUCAUUCUAAAGGAGUUGCUAAAACUGUGACCAAACAAAGAGUAGAGUCGCAUUUCGAUCUGGAACUAAGAGCAUCUGUGAUGCAUGAUAUUGUAGACAUGAUGCCUGAAGGUAUUAAACAAAAUAAAGCUCGUACAAUUCUUCAACAUCUUAGCGAAGCAUGGAGAUGUUGGAAGGCUAAUAUACCAUGGAAAGUCCCUGGAUUACCUAUUCCUAUAGAAAAUAUGAUAUUACGUUACGUAAAGAUGAAAGCUGACUGGUGGACUAAUACUGCUCAUUAUAAUAGAGAACGUAUCAGACGUGGUGCUACUGUGGAUAAAACAGUAUGUAAGAAAAAUUUAGGUCGUCUUACUCGACUUUAUUUAAAAGCAGAACAAGAACGCCAGCAUAAUUAUUUAAAAGAUGGACCGUAUAUUACUCCAGAAGAAGCGGUGGCUAUAUACACUACUACCGUACAUUGGUUAGAAUCUAGAAGAUUUGCUCCAAUACCCUUUCCACCACUUUCAUAUAAACACGAUACAAAAUUGUUGAUAUUGGCUUUAGAACGUCUGAAAGAAGCUUAUAGCGUUAAAUCCAGAUUGAAUCAAAGCCAACGCGAAGAACUUGGAUUAAUUGAACAAGCGUACGAUAAUCCACACGAAGCUCUAUCCAGAAUUAAACGACAUCUUUUGACUCAAAGAAAUUUUAAAGAAGUGGGUAUAGAAUUUAUGGAUCUUUAUAGUCAUUUGAUUCCAGUUUAUGACGUGGAACCUCUUGAAAAAAUUACCGACGCUUACUUAGAUCAAUACUUAUGGUAUGAAGCAGAUAAACGAAGAUUAUUUCCACCAUGGGUGAAACCAUCUGAUACAGAACCUCCACCUCUUUUAGUUUAUAAGUGGUGUCAAGGUAUUAACAAUUUACAGGAUGUUUGGGAUGUUAGUGAAGGAGAAUGUAAUGUAUUAUUAGAAUCCAAAUUUGAAAAGCUCUAUGAAAAAAUCGAUCUUACUUUGUUAAACAGACUUCUUCGUUUAAUUGUGGAUCAUAAUAUUGCUGAUUAUAUGACUGCAAAGAAUAAUGUUGUGAUUAAUUACAAAGAUAUGAAUCAUAUAAACAGUUAUGGAAUUAUUAGGGGUAUGCAGUUUGCGUCAUUUAUCGCCCAGUAUUAUGGACUUGUGCUUGAUUUACUGGUUCUUGGAUUACAAAGAGCUAGUGAAAUGGCUGGUCCCCCACAAAUGCCAAACGACUUCUUAACUUUUCAAGAUGUGGCAUCUGAAACAGCACAUCCAAUUAGAUUAUAUUGCAGAUAUGUAGACAGAAUACAUUUAUUCCUUCGAUUUUCUGCCGAUGAAGCAAGAGAUUUGAUACAAAGAUAUCUGACAGAACAUCCAGAUCCUAAUAAUGAAAACAUUGUUGGAUAUAAUAACAAAAAAUGUUGGCCACGAGAUGCACGUAUGAGAUUAAUGAAACAUGACGUUAAUUUAGGACGCGCUGUUUUCUGGGAUAUUAAGAAUCGAUUACCUCGUUCUACAACUACUAUACAAUGGGAAAACAGUUUUGUUAGUGUUUAUAGUAAAGACAAUCCAAAUCUGUUAUUUAACAUGAGUGGAUUUGAAUGUAGAAUUUUACCAAAGUGCAGAACAACGCACGAAGAAUUCACACAUAGAGAUGGAGUAUGGAAUUUGCAAAAUGAAAUUACAAAAGAAAGAACUGCUCAAUGUUUUUUAAGAGUAGAUGAUGAAAGUUUACAAAGAUUCCAUAAUAGAGUGAGACAAAUUUUGAUGGCUUCUGGUUCUACGACAUUUACGAAAAUUGUUAAUAAAUGGAAUACAGCUUUAAUAGGAUUAAUGACCUACUUUCGUGAGGCUGUAGUCAAUACCCAAGAACUAUUGGAUUUAUUGGUCAAAUGUGAAAACAAAAUUCAGACACGUAUAAAAAUUGGUCUUAAUUCAAAAAUGCCUUCAAGAUUUCCUCCAGUAGUAUUCUAUACGCCUAAAGAAUUAGGUGGUCUUGGGAUGCUUUCUAUGGGUCAUGUAUUAAUUCCUCAAUCAGAUUUACGUUGGUCCAAACAAACUGACGUUGGUAUUACACAUUUUAGAUCUGGUAUGAGUCACGAUGAGGAUCAAUUGAUUCCCAAUCUAUACAGGUAUAUUCAACCUUGGGAAUCAGAAUUUAUAGAUUCACAGCGUGUUUGGGCAGAAUAUGCCUUGAAGCGGCAAGAGGCGAAUACACAGAAUCGUCGACUUACUUUAGAAGAUUUAGAAGAUAGCUGGGAUAGGGGUAUACCCAGAAUAAAUACCUUGUUCCAAAAGGAUAGACAUACACUUGCUUAUGACAAAGGUUGGCGAAUACGUACGGAAUUUAAGCAAUAUCAAGUUCUUAAACAAAAUCCAUUUUGGUGGACUCACCAACGUCACGAUGGGAAAUUAUGGAAUUUGAAUAAUUAUAGAACAGAUAUGAUCCAGGCUCUAGGUGGUGUUGAAGGUAUUCUAGAACACACACUUUUUAAAGGAACUUAUUUCCCCACAUGGGAAGGUCUUUUUUGGGAGAAAGCAUCAGGCUUUGAAGAGUCAAUGAAAUAUAAAAAAUUAACAAAUGCUCAAAGGUCGGGUUUGAAUCAAAUUCCAAAUCGUCGUUUUACUUUAUGGUGGUCACCCACUAUAAACAGAGCAAAUGUUUAUGUAGGUUUCCAAGUACAAUUGGAUCUCACAGGAAUAUUUAUGCAUGGUAAAAUACCAACAUUGAAGAUAUCUCUCAUUCAAAUUUUCCGUGCUCACUUGUGGCAAAAAGUACACGAGUCAAUUGUCAUGGAUCUUUGUCAAGUCUUUGAUCAAGAAUUGGAUGCUUUGGAAAUUGAGACAGUACAAAAAGAAACUAUACACCCAAGGAAAUCAUAUAAAAUGAAUUCUUCCUGUGCUGACAUUCUACUUUUUUCAGCAUACAAAUGGAAUGUUUCAAGACCUUCUUUACUAGCAGACUCUAAAGAUCUUAUGGAUAACACAACAACUCAAAAAUAUUGGAUAGACGUUCAAUUGCGAUGGGGUGAUUAUGAUUCUCACGACAUAGAGAGAUACGCAAGAGCUAAAUUUUUAGAUUAUACAACAGAUAAUAUGUCUAUUUAUCCAUCUCCAACGGGACUUUUAAUAGCUAUCGAUUUAGCUUAUAAUCUUCACAGUGCAUAUGGUAAUUGGUUCCCAGGAUGUAAGCCACUUAUACAGCAAGCUAUGGCGAAGAUAAUGAAGGCAAAUCCGGCGUUAUACGUACUGCGAGAGCGUAUUAGAAAAGCUUUACAAUUAUAUUCAUCAGAACCAACUGAACCAUAUCUUUCUUCUCAAAAUUAUGGGGAAUUAUUCUCGAAUCAAAUUAUUUGGUUCGUUGAUGACACUAACGUAUACCGAGUAACAAUCCAUAAAACUUUUGAAGGUAAUCUGACUACAAAACCGAUAAAUGGUGCGAUUUUUAUAUUUAAUCCACGUACUGGUCAGUUGUUCCUAAAGAUUAUUCACACUUCUGUGUGGGCUGGACAGAAGCGUUUAGGACAAUUGGCAAAAUGGAAGACUGCUGAAGAAGUUGCAGCUCUUAUUCGGUCAUUACCCGUAGAAGAACAACCGAAGCAAAUUAUCGUAACAAGAAAAGGAAUGUUGGAUCCUCUUGAGGUGCAUUUACUAGAUUUUCCCAAUAUAGUAAUCAAAGGAUCAGAACUUCAGUUACCUUUCCAAGCCUGCUUAAAGGUUGAAAAGUUUGGUGAUUUAAUUCUAAAGGCGACAGAACCACAAAUGGUUCUCUUCAAUCUCUAUGACGAUUGGUUGAAAACAAUUUCAUCUUAUACAGCAUUCUCACGUUUAAUCCUCAUUCUUCGAGCGUUACACGUUAAUACGGAACGUACUAAGGUUGUACUUAAGCCAGAUAAAACAACUAUAACAGAACCUCAUCACAUAUGGCCAUCUUUAACCGAUGACGAAUGGAUCAAAGUAGAGGUGCAAUUGAAGGACUUGAUUUUAGCUGAUUAUGGAAAAAAGAACAAUGUCAAUGUUGCAUCUCUCACUCAAUCUGAAAUUCGAGAUAUUAUUCUAGGUAUGGAGAUCAGUGCACCCUCUGCCCAACGGCAGCAAAUCGCAGAAAUCGAAAAACAAACAAAAGAGCAGUCUCAGCUCACAGCAACUACUACUAGAACAGUUAACAAACACGGUGACGAAAUUAUCACUGCGACUACAUCCAAUUAUGAAACUCAGACGUUCAGUUCUAAAACAGAAUGGCGUGUAAGAGCAAUAUCUGCUACUAAUUUACAUCUUAGAACGAAUCAUAUAUAUGUAUCUUCCGAUGACAUUAAAGAAACCGGUUACACGUAUAUUUUACCAAAGAAUGUACUGAAAAAAUUCGUCACUAUAUCUGAUUUACGAGCACAAAUUGCUGGAUACCUAUAUGGGAUUAGUCCACCGGAUAAUCCUCAAGUAAAAGAAAUUAGAUGUAUAGUAAUGGCUCCACAAUGGGGUACACAUCAAACAGUACAUUUACCAAAUGCAUUACCAAAUCAUCAAUACCUUAAAGAAAUGGAGCCAUUGGGAUGGAUACAUACACAACCCAAUGAAUUGCCGCAAUUAUCGCCACAGGACAUCUCGACGCAUGCACGUAUCAUGGCAGAUAAUCCAAUAUGGGACGGGGAAAAAACCAUUGUCAUUACAUGUAGCUUUACACCAGGUUCUUGUUCUUUGACAGCAUAUAAAUUAACUCCAAGUGGAUUCGAAUGGGGUAAACAGAAUACUGAUAAAGGAAAUAAUCCUAAAGGAUAUCUUCCAAGUCAUUACGAGAAAGUACAAAUGCUUCUUUCCGAUAGAUUUCUUGGUUUCUUCAUGGUACCUAAUCAAGGAUCAUGGAACUAUAAUUUCAUGGGUGUGAGACAUAAUCCAAAUACGAAAUAUGAGUUACAAUUAGCUAAUCCAAAAGAAUUUUAUCACGAGGUUCAUCGACCAGCACAUUUUCUAAACUUUUCUAGUCUGGAAGAUGGAGAUGGUGUUGGAGCAGAUCGCGAGGAUAUGUUUGCUUAAAAUAAAUAUCUUUCUUCAAAUAA